UGGGAACACAAUUGCCAACGAAACGGAUCUGCUUUUUUUAAAGAGAACUUUCGCAUGAACCGAAGUUCCUUUGAUAAAUUAUGUGACAUCCUCCGCCCGUUACAAAAAAUGGAUACAAAUUACAGAAAAGCUAUUCCUAUUCCUACCGAGAAAAGAGUGGCUAUAACAUUAUUUGCUUUAGGGUCAUCUGCAGAGUAUCGUAGUAUCGCCAACAUGUUCGGUGUAGGAAAAUCUACGGUUUGCGAAAUUUUACUGGAAUUUUGCACCGAAAUCUGGAGAUUACUGCAGCCAUCCUGUUUUAAAAUGUUGCCUCUAAACAGCGAAAAUAUAACCGAAUUGGUGACUGGUUUCGAGGUAAUUGGAUUCCCACAAUGCUUAGGAGCAAUUGACGGAUGCCACAUUGAGAUUCAUCCAUCAUCUGACGAAGCUGUUGAUUAUUAUAAUUAUAAAGGAUGGUAUUCCACCGUUUUAAUGGCAUUAGUUGAUGCUAAAUACCGUUUUACUUACAUAAACGUAGGAAGUCCCGGGCGAUGUAAUGACUCUCAAAUUUAUGAGACGUCAUCACUUAAAAAAGAAAUGGAUAGUUGACCUUUACUAAGCGAAAUGUCUAGAGAAA